GUUUUCUUAAAAAAAUAUACAACAAUAAAGAAUUAAUUUCGGACGAUACGGCAACGAUUACAUCCACGAUAUAACGAAGCGACGUUCCGUUCAAUAUGAAAGCAGUAAUACAACGAGUGACAAAUGCAAGUGUUUCAGAAGAUCGUUUCAUCUAUCAAAAGAAACGAUAAGUACGCCGUCGAACAUUGAAUAUUGAGGAUUUUGGGUGCGGAAGUCAUAUCCGGAUAACGAUUCGACAAUAUCGAAGAAUUUUUCAAUCUAUUAAUAUUUUAAUGAGAUACAAUGGAAAAUCUUACUGAUCAGAGAGAAAUUGAAGAACUAAAUUUAGAAGAUCAUUUGGAUGAGAAGUCAGAUGGGCCUUCGCAAGGAGAAAAAGCGGAAUAUGUCGAGACUCUGUCAAAUACUGCAAACAACGAAUCAACAAUUGUACAGUCGUGCGGAAUUCAAACGGACACCGGAAAUACAGAAACUGUACAGGAAUUGAAGAAUCAGUUGGGUACUCUAAUGAAUUCUCUGGCUACUCUUUCGGCCGAAAAAUCGAAAAUGGAAGCAAAUUUUCAAGUAGAUAAAAAACAGCUGAGAAACGAACGAGAUGAAUAUGAGAAAUUAGUGAAAGAUUUGAAAGAAAAAUUAAAGAAAACGCAAAACACAAAUUAUUCAGACACUGAACACAUAAAAUGUAAAUUAAUUAUGGAACGUCACGAAAGGGAAAAAGAACAAGCAGAUCAUGCCAAAAUGAUAAAGGAACUACAGAAAUUGGUAUACGACGAGCGCCGAAGCAAGGAACAAUUAGAAACGCAAUUGAAAAGUCAGUUUGCAAAUAAGACACAGUGUAAAAUACUUGAAGCUGAAUUGGAAAUAACUAGAAACAAGCUUAAACAAGCAGAAGAAGCAGCCAAAGAGACACCCCCAAUUUUACUCUCGCUCCAAUCUGAAAUGGCUCUUAUGAAAAAACAACAUCUAAAUGCAAUACACGAAGAGCAAAAGCGAGCUGCUGCUGCAGAGCAACAAGCCAGAGUUUUGGUAUUGACUCACGAAACAAGAGUAGCAGUGUUAGAAGCAAGACUUGCCGAACUUUCUGAUAUCGUUGGAGGAUAUGAUAGACUCAGGCAACAAGAUCAACAAGCUAUUCAGAAACUAAAAGACCAGUUGAUCAAUUUGCAAGACACUGAACGGAACGAUUAUCUCACUUUAAACAACGAACCGGACGAGAUCAUUUCUAAAAUAAAGAACCUUUAUACUAAAUUGUUAAAUUUAGAUAAUAAAAAGAACGAAUCGGCCCACGUUAAAUCACUGUUGCAUAGCUUAGAUUUGUAUGACAAGCAACAAAUUGUCGAUUAUAAGGAAAAAUAUGAAAACCUAUUACAGGAAUUUGAAGACUACAAACAGCAAAUGAUAUACAAAUACAAUAAUGCAAAUAUGGCUCGUAAUAUUCAGAGCCAAAAUAUGACAGCCCACGAUAAAAAUAAUAAGACGCAAUUGCACCUUCUGAAAGCACACAAUAAUAAUUUAGAAGAGAGGAUACGUAUUCUGAGUAAUGAAAUUCUGAAUAAAGAAACCGAAUUACGAUUAAACUUAGAACAUCAGAAAAAAUCGUUUCAAGAUGAACGCAUGAAAUUGGAACACACGUUGCUACAAAAAGACAACGAAUUUCGCAGCAAAAUAUCCACAUUGGAACAACAAUUAUUACGUCAACGAGAACGAUCGAUGGCUCUGAUCGAAGAGAAAGAGAAGGAAAUAUUAACUUUGAAAACAUCAUUUCAUGCAUUAUUGCCCAAGAAAGAAAAUACUAUUGCUGAUAAUGAGACAAAUGUUUCAAAGUAUGAGAGGAGAGGAGAACAGGUCGUUGACCUAGUAACAGGAUUAUUGACAAGCGAUAGUCCACCAAUAUUACAUUACAGUCAGGAAUUAGCAAGAAAGGAGGUUCAAGUAUCAGCUUCUAGGAGGAAAAUCUUAGAGUUGGAAGCUGCGUUACGAGAGAAACAAAGAGAAAUCGUUCACGUAAAAGAGAAACAAAAAGAAGAAACAAAAGUUUUUCACGCACAGAUUGCAAGGCUCGAAGCGUGUAAAUCCAGAGAAGGCGCUAAUCUCGAAUAUUUGAAAAACGUUUUCAUAAACUACUUGACAACAAAUGAUGUUUCCAGCAAACGUCAUAUGCUGAAUGCUAUUUCUACUGUAUUACGUUUUACUACGGAGGAAUUAAAUAAAAUAAAGCAUUAACAACAUUUAUGAGAAAUUUGUUAAAAGGAAAAAGACUAUUAGCUAACUUGUUAGAAACUUCAACUACUUGAUUGUAUUUAAUUAAAUUUGAAAUUUGUUACUAAUUUUUUAAAUAGAGCAACGAUUUCAAUUUUUCUAUUUCCUUAGUGUACACAUUGUUAAUUAACCAAAAGGGACAUAGAAUC